UUUUUUAAAGCCGUUCUUAAUUUGUGUUUAGAACUGUCAUUCACGGCUGGGUAGCAGGUGAGUUAAAGCCCUGUCUUCGUCACUUGUAUUGUACCCGGCUUGGCUUUACUGAACUUCCCAAGCGCCAGUGCAAGAGCAGUGAUGUUGUUAGCUUGAUCUUCCGUCAACAAGGCACAGACGUUCUGAACUGCCGUAAUGUACCGGAGGUGUAAACGCAUUUUGAAAGGCUCCGUUACAGCUUUACUUUUAAGCGGUUCGCUGCUCGUGAUUUUCUUUAUCACAAUGGAGAAACAUAGUUCAGUUACACUAAGGACGCAGCCAGACGAUAUUGUUGCCAAAGAUGGGACUGCUUUGAACGUUCAUUCUACAUGUUCCACCGGUGGGUGAUUUACGAUAUGUUUUUCCUAAUUCCCAGCUGCAUCAUGCUUUGCGUGUAUAUAUCUACACGUAAAAGGAUGAUUUGCAACUUUUCAAAAGUUUUCUUUUGCUCUACUUUGUCGUCCGACAAGGUUUCCAACUUUCCCUCCGCAUUCAAUUUACACAUAGCGCGGCGGUGAAGCCUUAAAUAAAGAAACGACAGCUACGACAGAUUCAAAACGUGCGGCGUUUACACAGACUUAUUUCACUUUAAUUACUGGUUUGUUUUUAUUCAAGACUCUGUGCUAUGUAUAUUCGUUGCUACCUGAUUAUAUCAGCCUCAUUCAAUUCAUGUUUCAGCGCACAUCAACAACUUAAGAUGUUGUACGGUUAAUUUGCAUAUGAGAAUAAAACACUGACCGACAACCUGCCGAUUUUACUUAAUUAUCGCGCCGCGGUCAUUGAAAUAUACUUCAGUUUCAGUUCAAGACUCGCUUAAAUGUUAUCUCUACUGUCGCCUCAAUCGUUCAGAACUAUAUACUGAGCCUUAUGCGAGUAAGACCACAAAGCGUAAAUUAAGAAUCCAUUGCACAAAACAUUAAAUACAAGAUUUGCAUAAGCUCCUUCAGUGUCGGAGAAAGUGCUCGAAUGAGUCGUGGAAAGUUAAGAGAGAGCCGAGAGCCAAGUUUUGACAAACAUCUGUCCUUUUAUUGUUUUAGAGGUCAUGCAGUCAAGCCCAAAGUUAUCACUACAACCAAAAGUGAAUUUAAAGACAGAGCUCUUCAUUAAAACGGGUCAGUUCUAUUAACUAUUCCGCUGCCAAGAUUAGUUACAAAAUAAUAUUCUUCUCAAAGGACCUGCCAGGGACUCGCAUGGCGAAUACAACCUUGACUCUGUGGAAAAUUGGCAGAUAUUAUUCUAUUGACUAACUGAGCAGAGAAACAAGCGAAAUUUUAACCAAUAUAAACUAUAUAAUAUAUAAUCCGAGUAAGACCACAAAGCGUGAAUUUCCAGGGCCCUCAUUGAUAGCAGCACUAUGUUUUAUGCUGAAGAGAUAACCCUGGCUAAAUGACAUUUAUUAUUAUUAUUAUUAUUAGAAUCCAUCCCGCUGAUAAACUGAUAAACUGGCUUUUUCAGCUGAACGUAACUCAGUUCACCUCUGAUAAAGGUUAUUUGUGUGCUACUGAUAAAGAAGGCUUCUCCACUGGUAAAGGAUGCUUUUUAGUGUCGUUUACUGAUGGGGUCGGCGAGAAGGAGAGGAACUCCACCAAAAUCAGCCGGUUAAACUUACAAGGUUUAUUUUACUUACUCGCAAGGCGGUUCUACAUUCUUCCUGAUGUUCUUCUCUUUCUCUAUCUAUCUAUAACUGCUUGGUCUUUUUUUCUAAAAGCUUACUUCUCAAAAGCUCUCUAUGUAGUUGUUCGAUGGUCAUUGAUAAUAGGCUUACAUACUGAAUGCGUAGGAUGUACGUGCCAAGAAAAACGAGCCACAAAACUUAUGCUUCGUUAGUUAGCUACUAAAAAGGCUGAAAUGUUCAUUUAGAAGAUAACUAUUUCCGAGGGAUGUCAAAUUUGGAGACAACAUAUCCCACUCUCAAAAAGCACGCUGUUAAUAUUUAUGUUUCUGCAUGCAAAGCUUAUUAGUAAAUUGGUUAUUCAUUAUGUUGCAUUUUUAAACGUAAACACUUAGAAUGAUCUAGAACCUUAAAAGCCUAUUGAUCGAAUAUUUAUCGAACUUUUAUUAACUUUCCAUAUAUCUUCAAAAUCGGGACGAUAGGUCCUGUAACACUGCACAAACAGUAUUUUGAUCAUGCAUCAACAUUAACUGUUAUGUACCUUGGCACAUUAAAUACAAGAUUUGCAAGCUCCUUCGGUGUCAGAGAAAGUGCUCGAAUGAGUCGUGGAAAGUUAAGAGAGAGCUGAGAGCUAAGUUUUGACAAACAUCUGUCCUUUUCUUGUUUUAGAGGUCGUGCAGUCAAACCCAAAGUUAUCACUACAACCAACAGUGAAUUUAAAGACAGAGCUCUUCAUUAAAACAGGUCAGUUCUCAAAUCAAUCAAUCAAGCUUUAUUAACGGUAUCACUUCAUUAAAAAUGCUCUUCCAGUGAGCCGUUUACAUAACAAAAUUUUCAGAGAAACUACAUUAAUGCUAAAAUAUAUCUAUAUAUUAAGAAAAUCUAUCCUAUAACUAAUUACAUAAAAAUAAAUCAACCUUAAAGGUACAUUAAACAACUAAAAUAAAUUCUAUCGCAACUCCCUCAAGGCAAUCCCUGGUUCAAGACAAAGACAGGGCAGACUUGAAAGAGUUGAGAUUUAACUCGUCUUUAAGCACAUUUUCUAGGUGAUUGCACAUGACUGCUCCCCUAUAGCUAAAAGCCCACUUAGCAGCUUCAGUACAGGGGCUUAAUACAAAAAUGUUGUUCGAGGCACCUCGCACGUUGUAGGAAUGAACCCCGGAGGUUGGUUUAAACACGUUCUUUAAACUCUCAGGGUAAAGGUUAUUUAGCGAUUUAAAAACACUUAUUGCGAGCUGUUUAGAGCGUCUUUGCUCAAGAGUAUCCCAUCUCAAGUCUUGGAGGAUGUCCGCAAAUCUUGUAUUAUAAUCACUAAAUGUUAUAAUUCUCCCAGCCCUAUUUUGCAAUCUCUGGAGUCUGUCACACAGGCCUUUUCCCAUGCAUCCCCAGACUUCGAAGCAAUAAUCAAAAUAAGGAGCGACUAAAGCAUCAUACAUUUUCAGUAGGGUUUGGCGAGGCACCAGGGAACGAAUACGUUUUAAGGCCCCUAUACCUGCAUUCUUGUAGGUCGUUUAUAUAAAUGAGAAAGAACAAGGGUCCAAGUAUAGAACCUUGUGGGACUCCACAACUAACAAGAAGAUAGUCUGAUAGAGUUCCAUUUACAUAAGUACUCUGAAAGCGAUUUGAUAGGUAUGAUUUGAACCACUGAACUGCAUGCGGGUCCAGACCAUAAAGUUGCAGUUUUUUUUAACAAUAUGCUGUGGUCAACCGUAUCAAAGGCUUUCUUAAGAUCCAGGAAGAGGACACUGUUAAUUAGGCCAUCAUCAAUAUUUAAGUACCAGUUGUUAGUAGCUUCAAGCAAGGCAGUCAAAGUAGAAUGCAUCGGUCUUAAGCCAUGCUGAGAAACUGUCAGCAAAUUAUUGUGAGUUAGGUACUCAUAAAGUUGUUUGAAAAUAACCUUUUCGAUUAUUUUACUGACAACUGGUAGAAUAGAUAUAGGUCUAUAGUUGUUAGGACGUUAUAUAAAGGUAAUACUUUGGAAAUUUACCACUCGUCUGGAAAAUACCCACACCUAAUGGAUAGGUUAAUUAUAUGGGUGAGAGAAGGCACGAUUUCAGGACAAGCUUCUUUUAAAAGCCUUGCAGAAAUACCAUCUAGGCCCGUAGCCUUGUCGACUUGAAGCGAACUCACUAAAGGGUGAACAAUACCGCAGUGAGUCUCGUUCAGGGUAAAACUAGAAUCUGAUGGCGUAAUGUAGUCCUCGAAACAAACACUAGUUUUGGGAAUAUUAUCGGCUAACCUAGGCCCAAUGUGAGUAAAGUGAUAAUUAAGAGCAUUAGAGAUUUCUAAUGGGGUAGUACUUGAGUUAUCUCCAGCAUCUAUUCUAUUUAUUUCAGUUGUUGAUAAAUUUCGGCCCAAUAUUGAAUUUACUCCUUUCCAUCCCCUAGAUUUGUUUCGAAAUACCUUUUAUAGUAGUUUGUUUUUGUUUUCCUGAUAUUAGCAUUUACAUUGUGUCGAGCAAUCUCGGUCCAAUGAGCAUCUGAAUUGUUGAUAAUUGCAGCCCUUUUCAGUUUGUCCCUCUCAAACAUCAUCCUUUUUAUCUCUGGUGUUAGCCAGGGAGCAUAAUUAUUUCUUAUUUUCCUUUUACGUUUUGGUGCGUGGAAGUCACAUAUUUCUAAAAAUAGACGUGACCAAAUUUCCCCGGCCCGAUUUGGAUUAUCUUCCAGAUAAACUAGGUGCCAAGUUGCUAGGUUAAGGCCAGCAUGGAAUGAAUUAGCAUCAAAAUUCCUAAACUGUCGCGACUCCACGAUCUUUGGUUUCCCUUUGGGAAUACAGAAUUUUCUAACUCCAUAGAUAAGAUUAUUAACUACUCCGCCGCCAAGAUUAGUUACAAAUAUUUUUGGACCAUGUUUACUGUAGGUAGUGUCGACCGAUCUAUUGGUCGAUAAAGAGGUCGAUAGUCGGUCGACACUCGGUUCUCAAAGGAACCUGCCACGGACGUGCAUGGCGAAUACAACCAUGACUCGGUGGAAAUUGGUUGAUUAUUCCAUUGACUAAGUGAGCAGAGAAACAAGCGAAGUUUUAACCAAUUUAAACUAUAUAAAAUACUUGAUUACUAUCACCAAAAUUUCGUCUUAGAUUUGUAACAAAAUUUAAGUAGGGUAAUAGUUAUAAAACAUGUAACGAUUCUUAUUAUUUCGAAAGCUUUGAAAUAUUUGCAUUCGUUUCGUUAGCAACCAUAUGUCAUUAGUAUUUCUGACUGCGUAUGGGCUCCAGCAUGUUUCUUUAUUCAGUUUUUUCCUCUGUCAUUAAACAAAGCCUUAAUGGAUGAAAUGAUUCAUGGAACAUGGAACUGGCAGAAAUAAUUUGCCAGUAAACGCAUACAAAGCACGCUUGUCCAUUCAUUAGGCGAAAACAUUCUGAGUCAUUAGUCAAGUAGAUAGAUUGAACUAUCUACUUGACUAACAGUGACUCUUUCAGAAGGCUUUCGCCUAAUGAAUUUGACAGCAGUAACAGUUCUUGACGUUUUAGCUGAUUUCUUCGUUUGUUUAGGAAGAGCCGGCGUUUCUGCCUGCCCGAGAUUGGAGGUAAUGAAUUCCUCGAAGAUUAACAAACUGGGGGUGUAUCCUCGAGAAAAACGUAAGUGUUAAGCAAACUCGAAGGUUCUCCGGCUAAUAAAUAUAAGUUAGGUGCACGCUUUGACCGAAUUCAAGGGAAAAUUAACACCCCUUUAAAAGCACAAAUGGACAAAACCUUUAAGGAAAGAGCGAUAACACAAAGUGGUUUGGUUGUUUAUGUACAUUGAUCUUCAGUCUAGAUGCGCACGUAUAGCUUAAAUAUGGGUUAUAGGCGAAUUAUGCUAUGUGGACAGUCAACUGUAAUCGAACCUGCAAGCUAUGCAUUGUGAAAAGUAAAUUGAAAACUGAAGUGAGAAUAAUAUUGUCAAUUGGGAAUUUUGGCAGUGACUGUGCAAUGAAAAGUGUGAACGAUUAAUUGUUAAUUGACAACUCCAGAAAAUAUCAUUAUCAUACCAUAAUGUUCUUUGUUUAUCACCCAAAAAUUUUGCAUAAGCAUUGGCUUCAGUUUCUCUUGGGAGUUAAAAUGGCCCCAAAAGAAACUGAAAACAAUGCUUAUGCAAAAUUUUGGGGUGACAAACGAAGAGCAUUAUGGUAUGUUAUGGUAUUUUCGGGAGCGGUCAAUUGUAAUCAGGAGCCCAAAGUUCCUUACAUGCAGAAAGUUUCAAAAAUCGAGCAAUCAAAUAAUAAAUUAUACUCGUCAUUGGUCAGAGUCGGUUCGGGUACUUGAAGGUUAGUUCAUGACUAUAUUUCAAUUUGAUUCGUGUAUCCUUCGAUCCAUCCUUAAUCCAAUAAAAUAAUUUUUUACCACUGUCAUCACCACUGUCACCAUACCAUCUUCAUCAACAUCAUCGUCAGCAUUGUCGUCGACAACACCAUAAUCACCUUUAUUGUCACCAUCAACAUCACCAUCGUCACCAUCAUCGCUAAUGAUCCUCAUUAUCUUCGUUAUCAUUAUUAUCGUCUUUGUCAAUCACUCGGCAAGAUAGUCAUCAUCAUCGUCAUCGUUAUUACCAUCAUCAUCAUCAUCAUCAUCGUUAUCCUUCCUGUCACAUUGUCAUCAUUACCAUCUCCAUUAUCCUUCCAAUCACAUUAUCACAAUCAUCAUCGUCAAUAGCAACAACAGCAUCAUCUUCAUGAUCUUAAACGUCGUUUUAUUUGUUUUUCCUUCUAGGACACUUAACCAUUGGAAUCUCGUCAAUCACUCGUCCAUUAAAAGCAAAUUACCUCCCCAGAACUGUAAAACUUUUAAUUGAAAAUCUUAGCGAGAAAGACAGGAAAGAGGUUUACCUGGUAAUAUUCUUGGCAGACUUCGAUGAGGCACUAAAAACUGGUAGAUUGAAAGAAUUUUUGACUCUCUUCAAGACAUUCAUUGAUGACAAUUUACUUCAUGUGAUUGCUGCUCCGCGAGAAUAUUAUCCAGCCCUUUCAAAUAUGAAAAGGAAAUUCGAUGACUCACAGGAUCGAAUAAUGUGGCGUUCGAAACUGGUGAUAGACUUUUCUUUCUUAAUGUGCUAUUGCAAAGACUUUUCACCUUAUUAUCUUCAUUUAGAAGACGACUUGAUUCCAGCGCCAAGUUUUUAUCCAAAAUUACAAGAUUUCAUCGCUUCGCAGAAGAAUCCGUGGCCAAUUUUAGACGCUGCAUCUAUGGGUCACACAGCUAAGAUUUAUCAUUCGACUGACCUUGAAAACCUCGCCUCUUUUUUCUUCCUCAUGUUCGACGAAAUGCCUGGAGACUGGUUAAUAGAAUUCUGGCGAAAAAUCAAAUACGAUAGAAAAUACUUCAAAGCCUUUGUACUACCCCACGCGUCGUUUUUCCAGCAUAUCGGAGAUAACUCCUCCUUUAAAGAGAACAAAAAUUCUUAUAAGUCAAAGGAGCAAUUUUUUGACGCAUAUGAUGUCAAGUACAGGGGCUUAAAUCCUCAAGCAACGAUUAGCAGCUCUUUUGUGUCUAGUGAUGGAUCAGACCCCCAAAGUGCCUACACCAAGGGCACUGGCCAUUUUUGGGCCAAGCAGCCGAAGAGAGAUGACUUCAUUCUUAUCAAGUUUAGUUCUGUAACCACCGUCCGUGAAGUAUUUGUAGACACCGGUUCCUUUAACGCCCCCAAAGAUAGACUAAGAUCGGGCGUUUUGCAGGCAAGUUUUCAAAAUGCACAGUGCAAAGACUUCGAAACAAUCGGCCACUUCAAAGAUGGUAGCCUGAAAAUAUCUUUAGCCCAAAGCAGGAAAGUACAUUGUCUAAGAAUUCUAGUCACCGGAGGUCAAAGUGAAUGGAUUUUUUUCAGGGAAAUUGAUGUUUUGCAGUCUUGAAAAGACAGUACUUUAAUAUUUAAGUAACAAUUUAAUUAAAAAGUGCUGACAAUGCAUAAACAAGGAGAAGUAGGCUCCCCGCUCUGCAAAGUCUUACCCGUUGAAGAUUAUAUUUACCGGGGCGAAACGAAAACAGAUCGUUAUUCGGCAAGGUACGAGUGGUUACAAAGUCUACAAUCCAUACCCGAGGGUACUCAAAGCUACUUAACAAAGUUUUUCAGUAUGCGUUCCGUUGUCUUUUUCCACGAACUGCACGCGCAAUGGCCACAGUUAUCCACAAUGCGUAAUAUUGUUCCAGUUAAAGAGUCCUUCCUACUCACUUCUCUUGUUUGUUUUUUUUUCUUCUAUAUGCUACGUUCAGGAGUUGUUAGCACAACUGCGAUUGCACGUAAAUACGCUGAGUAUGCACAUUUUAGACAAACUGACU